UAUCCAUCAUGGCUGGAAUGCCGGUGAGUUGGAUCUCUAUAUUUAUUUUAUUAUGUAUUGUGCUAUUUCUUCAAGUUUCAUCGAUCAAUAUGGGAUUCAGGAUUGGGAGAGCAAGAUAACAACGAAAUCUUGAACUAUAAUACUAACACCACUUUGGGAUACCCAGAGAGGCGACUCAGACAUUGCUCAACGUAUGUAUAUACACACCCCCAUUCCUCCCUCCAUAUCUUCCCAUCCUCAACCCAACCCAACCCAUCCACUAAUAAAAAACAAACAAACAACAGAAGCAACAGAUCCCAUAACACCCACGAUCCACAACGACGACGACACCUACUCACCGUACAAUAAAGCGCGCCAAUCCGCCAGCAGCAUGAGAGAGAAAAUCGCAGAAGCGUUCCAACCGGGCGAUAAUAAGGCCACGACUCGUCGUUUAUCGGACGUUCCGUCCGGUGCGAAUGUGCAGCAACAGAAUGAGGAGGGGCAGCAGGAAGGGGGGAAUACUUCGGUGUUGCAGUCGGUGCAGGAGACGGUUUCGAAGGCUUUGGGGGGUGGGAGAGGAUCUAGGAGCUGAGUGAAGCGGUGAUAUAUACGAGAUCGGAAUAUUUUUGAUCCAAGUGGCAUUAUUGUUGGGCUGUUGAUGGGAUCAAGGCUUUUUUUUUUCUUUCGAUCUGGAUAGGAUAGGUUUCAGAUUGUAUAUCCUAUCCUGAAGGAGAGGGGUAGGUUGGCUAUAGAGAAAGAAAAGGUUAGUCUAGGGAAUUAGAAUGUGAUUUGAUACUAUGUAGGACUUAGACUACUGGUAGCCAACUACUUAAUGUACG